AUGAACAAUACCGACCCAAAUCACCGCAAGGCCAUCGUCGGCAACCCGAAUGCAAGCUUCUGGCUCUACGACUCCGAAACAGGCUUCGACCUCACGCACCCACCGACGCCCACCUCGCCCACGCCCUCGCCCAACUACACAGUCACAACAACCACCCUCCCUAUAACAAUCCACCCUCCCAAAUCUGCCCUUGUGAUAAUUGACAUGCAGAAUUUCUUCCUGUCCCCGAAUCUCGGACGCCCAAGGGAUUCCAAGGGCCUCGUCGCGCAGCAGCAGCUUCUCAAGUACGCCAUCCCCGCGGCGCGAAAAGCAGGGAUCCGCAUCAUCUGGUUGAACUGGGGUUUAACAGACCAAGAGAUCGCCGAGAUGCCGCCGGGCACUCUGCGGGCGUUCGGGUUCGAAACCGUCCUCGCCUCCGAGUUCGAAUCUUACGAUAAAGUCCAGAGGAAGCAAGCGGCGGUGGACUCGCACGGGGUUAAUGAGGGCUGUCACGGAUUUCCAGACCCUCACAUCGAGACGUCGGGCAAGAACCCCAGAAUCUACAAAGGACUGGGGAGUGAAGUUGGCCCCGUGGUGCUCGACGACGGGCGCACGAUCCAAGGCGGUCGACUUUUGAUGCGCGACACAUGGAAUGCUGACUUGACCCCGGAACUAAAACAGACCUACGAGGCGGACGGCAAGAAGGCGAAUCCGCCAGACGUCUGGAUCCAUAAGAACCGCAUGUCUGGUCUGUGGGGUCAAAGCACGUUAUGUACUGAAUUCCUUGAGAAAGAGGGAAUCCAGACCUUGUUCUUUACCGGGGUCAACACCGAUCAGUGUGUCGGUGGGAGUCUUCAAGAUGCUUACUCGAAAGGUUACGACGUGAUUUUGCUCUCCGACGGCGCGGGCACGACGAGCCCAUCCAGCAGCCAGGAGAGCAUUGAAUUCAACUGUGCGAAGACCUGGGGCUUCUGUGCCUCAUGCAAGGACUUUGCCAAGGGUUUGGGCCUUUAG